GUUUUCUAUAUCUUAAAGAUAGUCUAGAAGUAAACGAUGGCUGAACUUAAGUUAAUUGCAGCAGCAUGCCAAAACAUGGGCAUUGGAGUCAAUGGUACUCUGCCUUGGAAAUUAAAAAAAGAAAUGGCUUAUUUCACAACUAUGACCACCAAAGUGGUAGAUCCGUCGAAAAAGAAUGCAGUAAUUAUGGGCAGAAGAACAUGGGAGUGCAUACCUGCAAAAUUCAGCCCACUCUCUAAUAGAGUCAACAUUGUUAUUACACAUAAUGUUGAUGAAGUUAAGUCAAAGGUUCCCGAAGGUGUUGUGGUGACAGCCGGCCUAGAUGAUGCUGUAAAGUACAUUGAGAGUCACAGGAAUAUAGAAUCAGCAUGGGUCAUUGGCGGUGCAUCAAUAUACAAGGCCGCAAUGGGACAUCCGAAAUGUAGUAAAAUUUAUCUCACAGAAAUACAAAAAGCAUUUGUCUGCGACACUUUCUUUCCUGAUAUAGAUAAGCUAAGAUUCCAGUCAAUCAAAGAAGAUGGUGUACCUCAGGAAGAACAAGUUGAAGGCGAUAUAAGUUACUACUUCAGAGUGUAUCAAAACAAAAAUGCAGAUAUUGUAUAACUGUAAUAAAAAUCUGAUGUAAAUAAUACUUUAAAUGGAGCUACAAGUGAUAUGCUGUAUCUGAUAGAUAUUGUAAGUUAUAAUAAGUAAUUAAUAUGUGAAGCAAAAACUUCUCUUUUUUCUCAGUUUGUACAAUUUAGAAGCACUGCAAUACUAAUAUUUUUUAAAAUAAUGCAUAAAAAAUACAUACAAUCAAUAAAAAAAAUAUGACACACAGUACCAUGUAUUUGAUACACACAUAUAUACUCUUUUGUUUAUUGUCUGUUUGACUGCCAAUGUCUGUGAUUAUAGAAGCACAGUCUUUGACAUUAGAAUAAUGCUCUUAAUAAUGUUCAAACUUAUAAUUUAAAUUAAUUAUGAUCGAAUUUCGACCAGUAGUAUACAUAACUAUACAUACAUUCUGAAUGUAACCCAGACAAGGUUUUUAGGCUAAGGCAGAAGUUUGUGUUUGUACCCUAAAACAUUAAGACCACAUUGCAUUAUCAAAAAAUGUAUCAAAAUAAAAGUGCAAACAAUAUAUAAAUGUAAUAGAAAUAGGAUGUAAAUAAUACAUUGAACAAGUAGGUUUUUUGGCUGUGAAAAUGUUAGGGUGUAUACCUUAUAAAACUUAGAAACACAUACAAUCAACUCAUUAUGUUGUAGUGUGGUUGCUACAGUGCCGCGGCUAAUUUUUGUUUUUAUGCACCUAGGAUACAUUUUUUUCUAAUGAAGGAUUUUAAUUAAUGUUAAGAAGUCUCAGUGAUAGCACGAAUUGUUUCUCUUUAUUUCUUAGACAAUAUAUACAUCAUGUUCGAAUCACCCAAAUAAGUUAUCAAGGAAACUUGGGAACUGUAGGGAUAG